GCGUCCCUAUCUGGCAAUCUUUGUGUGCGUUCCCAUUCGUACCAUAAAAAACCUCGUAUUUGGAGAAGAACAUGAAGCAGAGGAAGACACAGAGAGAAACCCCACAUAACACCGAAAACUUAGAGAGAGAAUCUCUGGAAAUUGUAUUGGGUCUGGUGUCGGAAACUUGUGUGUUUGUAUGUGUCUAUGGGCAAUUGCUUGGGACGUCGUUCCAAGUUAGAUAAUUCUCUGAGCUCUCAGGCGACUUCCGGAGCCACAAAAGUUACCAGUAGAAGUGGCCACUCUUCUGUUCCUUCCAGCCUGUCAGUCCCAACACAUAGUGAGGAGUAUACAUCUGGAACUCUCCCCACUCCAAGAUCUGAAGAUGACAUACUGUCAUCCCCAAAUUUGAAAGCCUUCGCAUUUAGUGAGCUUAAGAAUGCUACUCGAAACUUCCGUACUGACAGUCUCCUGGGGGAAGGAGGAUUUGGUAAUGUUUACAAAGGGUGGAUUGAUGAGCAAACCCUUGGUGCUGAAAGGCCUGGAUGUGGAAUGGUCGUUGCUGUCAAGCAGCUCAAACCUGAAGGUUUUCAGGGCCAUAAGGAGUGGUUGUCUGAAGUUAAUCAUCUUGGUCAACUUCAUCAUCCAAAUCUUGUCAAACUUAUUGGAUACUGCCUGGAAGGGAAUAACCUGCUUUUGGUAUAUGAGUAUAUGCCCAAAGGCAGCUUGGAGAAUCAUCUAUUUAGAAGGGGUGCCCAACCUCUUCCUUGGGCAAUAAGGAUCAAAGUUGCCAUAGAUGCAGCUCGUGGGCUCUCCUUCCUGCACGGCUCUGAACAACAAGUUAUCUACCGUGAUUUCAAGGCUUCUAAUAUUCUACUCGAUUCGGAAUUCAACGCAAAACUUUCGGACUUUGGUCUUGCAAAAGCAGGCCCUACUGGUGAUCGUUCUCAUGUUUCCACUCGAGUCAUGGGUACUCAAGGCUAUGCUGCUCCUGAAUAUAUCGCUACAGGUCGGCUAACUGCAAAGUGCGACGUUUACAGCUUUGGGGUUGUGUUGCUGGAACUACUUUCUGGACGCCGUGCUGUUGAUAAAACAAAAGUUGGUUUGGAGCAGAGUCUGGUGGAUUGGGUAAAACCCUAUUUAGGUGAUAGACGAAAGUUAUUUCGGAUUAUGGACACAAAGUUGGAGGGCCAGUAUCCUCAGAAAGCAGCUUAUGCAGCUGCCAUCCUUGCAUCUCAGUGUAUCAGUGAGGCAAAACGCCGGCCACAGAUGUCUGAGGUUUUAGCCAUCCUAGAACAUCUCCCAGCUGCCAAAUAUGCAAAUAGCCCAGCCUCUAGUCCUUUGUUGAAGUCCCCUCUGAGAAACACUCGCCCUCCACCUCUUAAUCUAAGCCCCAGAGGGUCCCCACUGCCAUCAUCUCAUAUGAAAUCCCCAGUUCUGAAAUCCCCGCAUGGACGAUGAGCAGGAGCUAGUGUAUUAGAUAACUGACUACCUCGAGUAAAUCCCUUCUUUUUUAGGCGCCCUUUGGUUGGUAGUUCCAUGAGGAAGUUUUGUGGGCUUCUGAUGUGACCCAAGUAUCUAGGAUAGUCUUUUAUCUUGUAGAGAAAUUUCCAUCUUCAUCAUCAUCUCCAUCAACCGAGUUUAAUUUCUAAGGAGUAUCAGCUGAGUUAGAUCUUUCACAAGUUUAAUUUCUCAUGCUUUCCUUCACUUUGAUGAGCUUUAUUUUCUUCAGUAGAAGAUUAUUGUAGCUUGAUAUGCUAUGGUUCUUCUUCUUUUUA